AUGACGACGGAAACCAUUCGUGGUACCGUUGAAGUGUCGGAUCCGUUUGUUGGUGUGCACGAAGCGGUGCUGGCAGGCGUUGACGCAAACACAGGAACUGCAACACAUGACGCCGCGUCGACGUUGAACGAAGACCUCUGGGUAGCGCGCUCGAUACGCGUACGUCAGGUACUCUUACCGACUUUCCGGCGUACGCUGGGGCCACCUGAUCUAUGUGUCGUUUACAAAAGCUGGAGGACUGUGCUUGCGAGCGGAAGCGACGGGCGUGCAAACAGCACCAAAGUGAACAUUUCUAGCGGUGCCGGUGCCGAAGUGCCGGCAACGAGCACCCCAGACUCCCUAGCCAUGGAGGUAACGUCCGGAGAUCUCAAAAGUCGUGGAGCACAGCUGGCUGCUUGGUUUCACUUCGUUCGCGGGAUAUGGCAUCGAACACCUGCGGACGCAGCGAGCUAUCUGGGCUCCCUCGUGAAGCACGGUCUCGAGGGCGCCUCGUGGUACGCUACUGGAAGCUAUCGGAUCGAUCGAGCUGCCUGCCUGGCUUACAACUGUUUCACCAACGAAGAUACCGUUGUCGAGGCACGCUUUCCUGGGUGUACGCAGGUUAAACGACUGAGAGGUCCGGAGCCGUUCCACCAAAGCGUUGCAAACGAGAAUGGGCAACCUGCUACGCGACAAGUCGCCGACACUCAAGAUGACGAGAACCAAUGGGCACAGCUCUUCGUCAGUGCUGUUCUCCGCUCUGUGAAAGCAACUGGUGAGCAUCCCCUCUAUCCAGCUCUCAAAGUUGUUGCUACGUUGGAUGUAGCGUGGAACGCGGAACAACUCUUCCUCGACGCUGCGGCGCGUACUUUGCCACAAUGGAAGCUGGCAGGCUCUCGCUUUGUUGACGCUGCCCAGGCGACGGCGACCUGCUCUAUCAUCGCUGAGGGCGUUUGGGAGUAUUUCGCACGUUACGCUCGUUAUCAGGCCGCUCAGGAUUUCUUCCAGACGCUCGCGACGUCAUGCCACGAGCCGGCACUCGUGCUCUACGUCGCUCGAUCGUUGAUGGGCCAGCGCCAACAUCAGAUUGCUCAGAAAAAGCUGGAAGAGCUGCUUUUGGAUCAGGCAGCUUGCGCCGAACUUCCUGGUAUCGAUCGACUGCUGCUCGAACUGACGCUCGCGGAAUGUGAGCUCGAGCUUGGCAACCUGAUCGAAGCUACGGAUCGCAUCCAGGGUACGGUGAUUCCGGAGUGCUUCGGUACGCACACGUCUCCAGAAUCAUCGGCUACUGGAGCAGCUGCUCAAGAGGAACGCACCAAGCACCUGAAUACGACUGAUGCCGUCGAAGCAAGCGACGAAGAGAGCGCCAACGUUCGGAUCGCUGCACCAGGUGAACUUGGACGUCUCGCCUGUUUCCUGCUCGCGCGCCUCUAUGUACAAACUGGGGAGUAUGAGUCCGCGCUCCGCUCGUUGAAUAUAGCAGAUGUGGAACCGCCGCAGAUGGACUGGUUUCUGAGGCAGGUGACAGCACCCGAUUCAAGCCCUGGGAUUGAGGGGAAAACAAGCAAGAUGCGGCAGUUGACACAGCCUCGUCCGGGCUUUGCAGCCGGAACCGACGGUGUUCGAGUACUGGCGCGUCGCCUCUCGGAGGAACGUAUAGGAGCAGGCGCCUUUGGCAAGGGUCGUGAGCAACACCACGCCGAUCGCCUGCUGGGUGAUCUCACAGCGAGUGUACUCAGCCCGGAGGAGCGGGAAGCAUUCGAUAUCCUGGUGAAGAUCGUCAACCAAAUCGGUUGGGAUGAGUUCCUUCUCAUUCGCAAUCGAGUCUUUAUCAUGGAGUCGGAUGUAUUGCCUUUGGAGUCGGCUGGUACUGGAGCUCUCGAGUUGUCGACGGCAUCUGCCGAGGCUCGCCCCGCACCGCCACACGAAUCCCCUCCGCAGCACUCAAGUACGGACAACGCUGAAGAGCCGUCCCUGCAGACGAUCUCGUUGUCUUCAAGACGCGAACCAGCAACCGAAACACAAGUACACAGCACGGGCACUGGACCGCUUGGCGCUACCCAAAGCGACCUGGACGGCCACCAACAAGGCGAACCCAAAGCAACCCUGACACUGGCGGACGCGCGGCGUCAGGUGCACCCUGCUGCGCUCAGCAAAGCGCUCUGCACGGCGUGGUUGGAUAUGCUGAUUCAUUGCUUGUAUGAGGACCUGAGAGCCUGGUCGAUUUGGCAACACGAAGAAUCCACGCUCUAUGAGUCUCUGCAUUCGAACGAAACGACGGCUGCGGAGAAUGCCGAGCGUGCUGCAUCUCCAGCGCUGGUCUCUGAAUCAUUGUUGAUUACCGAAACACGACGUGCACCAGUGGAUUGGCUUCGACGUGGUGAACUGGCCGAGCGACUCGGUCGACCAGAGAUGGCAGAGCGCGCCUACCGUAUCUGCCUCGGUGUUGCAGAGCGGGCUCAGACGCCAACGCUUACCGUCUGGUUUCGUUUGGCGGCCUUGCAGACAGAGCACGGCGAGGCGCCUGCCGUUGUGCAAGCCCUGGAUCACAUCUGGCAAUACUUGGUUGAGCAUACCGAUGAUUCCGGUAAGAGUACAUUGACGACGAGAACGGAGCGCUUGCUUCCAGAGACCAUGCAGGCAGUGCUUUGUCAUGCGGUUGCUCGUUUCGGCUUUCAGACGGUGCGGGCGGCAGUGUCGACGCUGCGACAGCACCAGGAGCGCAUGCGUUCUCUGCUGUUGGAUGCGGUGGCGGCACAGGUGCACGGCUACGAUCGAUAA